GUGCAUUUCUCAUCCCGUAUUUUAUUUUCCUGUUUGGGGGCGGCCUGCCUGUGUUUUUCCUGGAGGUAAUCAUAGGCCAGUACACCUCUGAAGGGGGCAUCACCUGCUGGGAAAAGAUCUGCCCCUUGUUCUCUGGCAUCGGCUAUGCCUCCAUCGUGAUCGUGUCCCUCCUGAAUAUAUACUACAUUGUCAUCCUGGCCUGGGCCACAUACUACCUGUUCCAGUCCUUCCAGUCGGAGCUGCCCUGGGCGCACUGCAACCACAGCUGGAACACGCCCCAGUGCCUGGAGGACACUUUGCGCAAGAACAAGAGCCUGUGGGACAGCCUCAACACCAGCAACUUCACCUCCCCUGUCACCGAGUUCUGGGAGUUGUCUACUUCACGGCCACUUUCCCGUUCGCCAUGCUCCUGGUGCUGCUCAUCCGGGGACUGAUGCUGCCCGGCGCAGGCGCAGGCAUCAAGUUCUACCUGUACCCUGACAUCAGCCGCCUUGAGGACCCACAGGUAUGGAUCGAUGCUGGGACCCAAAUAUUCUUCUCCUAUGCCAUCUGCUUGGGGGCCAUGACCUCGCUGGGGAGCUACAACAAGUACAAGUACAACUCGUACAGG